GGGAAGUAGAUUUCCUCGUAGUCCUUUUUUCCUCGCCCCCCUGCUAUCUCCUCGGCGGCAAGCAGGGAGCCCGGCGGGCGAGCGCGGCCGGGGCGGCGGGAGGUCGGGAGCCGGGGGCUACGGUGGGGAUUUAGGGCGGCCCCGGAGGUGUCGCGCUCGGAGGAAUGGAACCCGCCUUCGGGGAGGUGAACCAGCUCGGGGGGGUGUUCGUCAACGGCAGGCCCCUGCCCAACGCCAUCCGGCUCCGGAUUGUGGAACUGGCACAGCUGGGGAUCAGGCCCUGCGACAUCAGCCGCCAGCUCCGCGUUUCCCACGGCUGUGUGAGCAAAAUCCUGGCUCGCUACAACGAGACCGGCUCCAUCCUACCGGGGGCUAUCGGAGGCAGCAAGCCGCGGGUCACCACCCCCACGGUGGUUAAACAUAUCCGGACCUACAAACAAAGGGAUCCGGGCAUCUUCGCCUGGGAGAUCCGGGAUCGCCUGCUGGCCGACGGCGUGUGCGACAAGUACAACGUGCCGUCGGUCAGCUCUAUCAGCCGCAUCCUCCGCAACAAGAUCGGAAACCUGUCCCAGCAGGGCCACUACGAGUCCUACAAGCAGCAUCAGCCGCCCCCGCAGCCGCCCCUGCCCUACAACCACAUCUACUCCUACCCCAGCCCCAUCGCUGCCGCGGGAGCCAAGGUGCCCACGCCUCCGGGAGUGCCUGCCAUCCCUGGUACCAUGGCCAUGCCUCGCACCUGGCCUUCGUCCCACUCGGUGACGGACAUCCUGGGCAUCCGCUCCAUCACGGACCAAGUGAGCGACACCUCGUCGUACCCCAGCCCCAAGGUGGAGGAGUGGAGCAGCCUGGGCCGGAGCAGCUUCCCCCCUGCAGCCCAGCAUGCCGUGAACGGGCUGGAGAAGAGCUCCCUGGAACAGGAGGCCAAGUACAGCCAGGUGAUCUGGAUGGCACCCCAUUCGAACCCCAUUUGUGAGACCUGCCUCUUACUGGCCACCUGCUUCCACGGCCAAAACCCAGUGCCCUGCCCACCAACCCACAUGGCUACAGGGCACUCCACCCGGAUGAAACUAAUAAAGAAAGUCAGAGAGGCACACAAUGGCCUCCCAGCAGUUGGAAGCUUUGUAUCAGCACCAGCCAUGUCUCCCUACGCCACGUCGGCUCAGGUGUCGCCCUACAUGCCAUACAGCGCAGCUCCCUCCAGCUACAUGGCAGGCCAUGGUUGGCAGCAUACUGCAGGCACGCCUCUCUCCCCUCAUGGCUGUGACCUCCCUGCCUCGCUGGCCUUCAAGGGCGUGCAGACAGCCAGGGAAGGCAGCCACUCAGUCACGGCCUCCGCUCUCUGAUGCAGGAGUUGCUCCAGGCCAACCGUCCCCAGCACCGGGCUCACAGACUGCUCUCUUCAUGCUGGUGGAACCGGGUCUUUCCCCUCCUGACUUGUCUCCUGCAGGACUUUUCGGGACUGAAAGAGCUGAAGGCAGCAUCAGAAGCAGAGGGGAGCGUGCUGAUGCCCUUGCACUCUCUAAGUAAAGAUCUUGUGUCCCUCAAAGGGCCCGUGGAAACUUGUAUAACACUCCUCUGGUCAAACCACACAUAUUUAUUCUUAAUCACCACAGAGUUGUUAAAUGUGCAAUUGUUGUUAAGAUUUGUGUAGAAAUCAAUAAAGAAAACGAAUCACAGGAAAUUCUGCCACGCCUCAAAUCAGCAAAGGUGGUUAAAUUAAAGGUAUUUGCCAAUGACCUGUCUCUAGAGCACAAAUAAGGUUAUGCGAUCCACUGCUAUUGAGAUCACGUUUUUUU